AUGACCAGGCUCCGCGGAGGUUCUAUUGAAGGCUCCGAUAUUGCGCAGUCCCCUGGCCACGGGCGAUCUUACAGUUAUCGAUCAAAACUUCCACCGAAUGCACCUGAAACUAUUAUACAGAACACCAUUGAAGUUUCUGAACCGUCAAGAGUACUGCCACGUUACCGAGAUGAUCGAAGAAGGAAAUACAACGGAUUGGUGCGAAGAUACAAAGCACAACUACUACACGGAUGUGAUGAUCCCAAAUGCCAAACUCCUACGUGUGCGAAUCACCGCCGAAGAACCAGUGAAGGCCCAUAUCGUCGCUAUACGGAAUUAAGUGCGCGGACCCUGGCUUGCUACCUGGCUAGUUUGGAUGAUCCGGAGACCGGCUUGUGUCUCAAUAUACCAAAACUCCCACCACCUUUGACAAUCGAGGAUUAUCAUCGAAUUUCCUUGCGCCGAACCCGCACACUUCAGGCGCAGAGGGCAGCCGCCAAAAAGUCGCCCAAGCCGGACCAGGAUGCUGACGAUAUAAAUCAUUCAACCAACGGCCCAUCUAGCCCUGCGCCACAAAAUGACCCAAACUAUUCGAAUGCUUCUGAAGGAAAACCAUCAACCUACAUGCCUGCAAGUACAAGUUAUAUUCAAGAACUUGAUCGCGCCGCGGAGCAAGAACUCAAAGAUCCCAAAUCUUUUACUCAAAAUUUGUUUGAUACAAUCUCACUACGAAUGGUCGAAUGGCUGCCUCUUCGUCGCGCACCGGACUCUAUCGAAUCAAAGCCGAGGCCCCAACUUGCGCAAGCAACCAGCAAUCCAGUCGCCACUGAGAACGAAACCCAUGGAGACCAAGCAUUGGGUAGACCGAAGAAAGCCACUGCGAGACCUACGGUGCCAAUCCAACCUGGCUCUCAGCAACCCAUUUCCCAGCCUCGUACACCUUCAUCCCGAAUAACAACUUCUCCAGUGGAGGUCAAGUUCCAGAACCAACAUGCCAAACGAGUAUCUAUACCGGAGGUUGAAAAUUGGCAUCAAAAUCCACGGUCAAGUCUUGACGAAAAGAGGAAGUCGGAGUUCAACAAGAAACUAUCACUGGCUACGGAUGAAUUUCCCAACCUGCCAUCUCCCCCGGCGCUAAAGCACCGUCCGCAAAAACACCGUGGAAGGAUUGAUGGUGUUGAUCCUGUGCCUUUGAAAGAAAGCCGCAAAAGUCAACGGCGGGUUUCCUGGGACAGCGAGAAAUUGCUAGAUGAAGUGUCGCCUGUAAAGAGUCCAGCAAGCAGGGAAAUUAUGCCCCAUCCCCUCUCUCCUCAUCAUUCCCAUUCCCCCAGUGCACGAAAUGCUAAAAGCAUCCCUGUCGAAGAGCUUCCAGACACGGUCCCGUUGGCUCAGACGAUUACCCAUCUUACCCCCGAGAUUAUUGAUGGUCUUUCGCAAGUCAUGAUCGAAACGGAGGAAGAUGCCGAUACCUGGAAAGAAGAACUGGAUCGCAUUCAAUGCGCUGGGAGCUUCGAUCAACCAGACUGGUGUUUUGCAACUCUGCGUCAGCGUGAAGCAUUUCCUUUUAUUGCUCAGAGUACAUUUUUUGUGCUCAGUAGCCCCCACCACAUAUUGCGCUCAUUUGGCAGCGAGCCUACGCCCAAGCUUGGAGCCAACUUUAAUCGCCUUGAUGUUUCACGUCUGCGUGUGUCAUUGCAACGUCUUUUUACCAUUUGCCCGUCGGACAUUGCAUUGCAUAGCUUGUGGGCCUCUUUAGAUUGGCUCUUCAUUCCUCCUCAUGGAUUGACUUCUUCUGGACGACCAUCCCGUCGAUCAUCUCGCAGUUCCACUUUCACCGGCUCUAUGCCUCCUGUCGUUCCAAGGCGAAUAUCUGAGUCUACCAACGAAGAUCACCUGUCUGAUUCCGAUGCAGCAUAUAUCGCCACCAUCGUCUUGUUUACAUUGGUCAGCUUUGUGCCUAAUGUUGAGCUGGGCAUCUGGCGAACGGUGGUUCGCAUGCGGGCAGCUGGAUCUGUUGCGUCUUUCUCCGAUAUGCGCAAGCUGCCUUCUGAGAAGGCCCAACAAGCCGUGGAAGUGACAGACAGAUUUGAGCAUGAACUGGGUUUACGCUUGAUUAAUCGACUUGUGCGUGCACUCACCGCAAGACUGGCAUACCAUGAAAUCUCGAAAGCACGCCAAGUGUACAACGUAGAUCUACCCAAACAACGCAGGGUCAACGUGCUAGACCGCGUGGUUGACUAUCUAAGCGAGCACCACAAUUCGCAUGCCGCUGGCGGCAAUGAUAGCGCCGAGUCUAUCAAUCCGGCAUCUCUCAUCGUUGAGUGGCUCAGGACCCUCUUCUUGCGAGAAUGGGACGGCAACCCUGACAUGGCCCGUAGUAGCCCUGCUGGUGGUGCCGUUCAGAUCUUGGCAUCAAUGUACAAAGAACGAAACAGGCUGGGUCUUUCUCCUGAAGACUUUCAUACACCCCUUCUCACCGAGCGGCUGGACCCUCUGGAUAUGCCUGUGGCAUGGAUUGGGGGGCUGUCAAAUAACCGAACGAUGCAUCUAUUAUCAUAUUCCUUCCUCUUUCCUCCUUCUUCCCUUGUCAUUUACUUCCGGGCCUUGAACUAUUCUGCCAUGACAAAGUCUUAUGAGGCUGCCAUGACCACUACGAGACAUGUCACACAGACUGCCUUUGGUGCUAUCCAGAUCGCGGAUGAUCCUCGACUCCUCACGCGCUUGAAAACAUCGAUGUCUACGUACCUUGUUCUAGUUGUCCGCCGCGACAACAUUCUUUCUGACGCCUUAAGCCAACUGUGGCGACGCGAGAAGCGGGAGCUGAUGCGACCGCUGAAGGUGCAGAUGGGCAUGGAUGAGGGCGAGGAGGGACUUGAUCAUGGUGGUGUUCAACAAGAAUUCUUCCGCGUGCUUAUGGGCCAAGCUCUGGACCCGUCCUAUGGCAUGUUCACAGUCGAUACCAGACACCGCGUAUCCUGGUUCCAGCCUUGUUCAAUGGAACCUCUGUACAAAUUUGAACUCAUCGGUUUGUUGAUGUCUAUUGCAAUCUUCAACGGCCUGACCCUUCCGGUCAACCUUCCCAUUGCUUUUUAUCGCAAACUCUUGGGGUUGAAGGUAAAACAUUUGGACCACAUUCGAGACGGAUGGCCGGAGCUCAGCCAAGGACUUGACACAUUAUUGACAUGGAAAGAUGGCGAUGUUGGUGACAUCUUUCUUCGAACGUACGAGUUCAGUUUCGAGGCCUUUGGCAGCAUCGAGACGGUAGACAUGCAAAAGGUUGGCAGGGAUGCGGCAUGGCCCCUCACUAGCAGAGUCCCUACAUCAUGCCCCAUCGCAGGCUCAAGCGCCUGGAUGGAAAUGCCUAGACAUUAUGACCCUGCGGAAGCAAGUCCACCAUCCUCAAUGGCAGCUGAGCCUACCGAUGACACGCCCUCUCACUCAGUCUCGGCUGAAACUACACAGUCAAUUUCCGAGUCCCGGUCUCGUCAGUCCCCAACGCCUCCAGUUGAGGAGGCUGCGCUCGUGACAAAUCAAAACCGUCACCAGUUUGUCAAGGACUAUAUUUUCUGGCUCACAGACAAGUCGAUUCGGCCACAAUUUGAGGCUUUCCAAAGAGGCUUCAACACAUGUUUGGAUCGAUCGGCUGUGUCAAUCUUCUCACCGGAAGCGCUCAAAACUGUGGUUGAAGGAAUACAAACAAUCGACAUUGAUGAGUUAGAGAACCACGCCCGAUACGAGGGUGGUUUUGGACCCAACCACCGCGUCAUUCGUGACUUCUGGAGUGUUGUCCAAGAAUACCCCAAUGAAAAGAGGGCUCAACUACUCGAGUUUGUCACAGCUAGUGACCGAGUUCCCGUAAAUGGAAUUUCGAGUAUCAUGUUCGUGAUCCAGAAAAACGGCGUGGGUGAUUUGCGUCUUCCUACUAGCUUGACUUGCUUUGGACGUCUACUUUUGCCGGAAUACUCAUCAAAAGAGGCUCUGGCAGAGAAGCUUGAUAAAGCUCUCGACAAUGCCCAAGGGUUUGGCGUUGCAUGA